AUGGCUGCUUAUGAAGGCAAUAGAGUUGUUGAAUUGACACAAGAUCCUAGCACAGUAUAUUACAUUCAUCCAUCUGAUAACAACAAUUACAAGUUCAUUAAUGAUGUUUUUGAUGGAGAGAAUUACAGUUCCUGGAAGAGGUCUAUGAUUAUAGGUCUGUCUACUAAGAAUAAGAUGAGUUUCAUUGAUGGAACUCUACCUAAGCCUCAAUCAACAGAUGUUACUUAUAAGGCUUGGAUAAGAUGCAACGAUUUGGUUGUUGGUUGGAUUCUAGGAGUUCUUGGUCCUAUAACUAAGAAGUCAGUGUUCUUUUAUAAGACAGCUAGAGAUAUGUGGCAGGAUCUUGAGGAACGCUAUGGUCAUGUUUCUUCUGCACAACUAUAUGCAUUGCAAGAAGAGAUAAAUGAGGUCAAGCAAGAUUCUGAUGAAAUAGCAGAGUAUUUUGCUAAGCUAAAAGUUCUUUGGGAUGAAAGCCCUAUGCCUGUGUGUGAGUGUAAUGGUUGUAGGUGUAACCUUACUACUAAAUUCUUGAAGAUACAGUAG